GGUUGGCGCAAGGUCGCAUCCCACCACCGCAGUGACCGUACCGAGUGCGAUGAGGAAAGCGAGUGCGGUCGCGCUCUCUCUCGACGAAAUCCUUCGCCUCAUCUUCGAGCAUGUCUAUGCAGUAGGCGACAGCACCGCAAAGCCGGCUCAGGGAGUCGACAAGCCCAUUGUCAUCGCCCGCCAGACACUUGCGCGCUGCGCUCGCGUUUCUCAAACGUUCUGCUCUGCCGCGCUCGCUGUCCUUUGGAGAAAUCUCGACGACCUUGUCCCUCUCUUCCGUCUCCUCGGCCUGUCGCCUGUGACUCCUGGUUAUGCUUAUGUUAUUCAUAAGCGGGAGGAGCGUGAACUUGUCAAUGUCGUCGACGUAUCCGGCCAUCUUGAACGUCAGCAAUGGGCGCGAUUUCAGCACUUCGCCAGGCUCAUUCGACGUGUCGCCCUUGUCAGGAUCCAUGGGGACACGGACCUCACUACCAAGCAACACAUCGACUCUCUUGAUGAUUCCCGCUUGAUUGUCGAACUCGCGCCCUCCGCGCUCCUCAGUGCGUGGCGACACAACAACGAAGCAUCCCUGCUCCCUAAUCUCAAUGUGAUCACCUUUGUGGUCCAUGACUACAUAUCGUUCUCUGAGCCCAUACACACGAUCAUUUCGCCAAACGUGCCUCUACGGUCUCUCCGUGUCCAGUACGAUCGCAUCCACACUUAUUUCCCAUUGGAGCGCAACUUCAUCUCACCCAUCCUGCGGGUCCUUGAUGAGGUUCCGGUGACCGUGCAACACCUCAGACUACAUGGGGUCUUGAAUGCACAGGUCAUGCGCUCUCUUACAAGACUGAGGAAUCUCCAGCGGAGCGAGCUGCUGUGGAAGGAUCUCGGGGUCUUGCAAAGGUGGCAGUCCGAUACGGGGUAUGAUGAGAGCUUGUCCAUUCUCUCCGCGCUAUCAGAUCUCACCGAGUUGAAUCUCGCCUUCAUCGAAGCUGGUGCAUCCCAACAACCCGUCAACAUGGCCGCCGUGCCGUCCUCGGGCUUCCUUCGCUGCAAAAACUCCGACUCGCAGGCGAUUCUUGGUCCAUUCCGCGUGCCAUCCCGGCCUUCCACACUUGUACGCUCACCGCGCUUGACCUCCAAUUCGUUUCCUAUGCUCCCUCACCUGACUCUCUAUGUGCAUUGGUCUCGACGGUUGCACGCCUCUCAUUUGCUCCGUUACUGCGUUCGCUGCGCAUUUCCAUGUUCCCUAUCCUACGGGAGGGGUAUCCACCACUCCCGCCUUUCCUGCAAUCCCUCCAACCUCUUUGAACCUUCGUGGCUUAGAAAUGGUUGGCCUCACCAUCAUCGCGAUGCCACUCACUGACGCCGAGAUCCUAACGGUUGCGCAAGCGUGGCCGCACCUGACGGAAUUAAAACUCUCUUGGUAUGCCCUACCAUCGAAUGAGAAGAAUUCGAUGUACCGCCGUGCGCGGAGAUGCCGCGAAAUGGCGAAGGGCCUACGCUCCAGAGUCUCCUACACUUCGCGCGGCACACGCCUCUGCUGCAGACGUUGACCAUGGAGAGGAUAGCUCCCCUCUCUGCCGCGGAUCUCGACUACAUGCACGAUUUCCUAGUCACAGCUCAACCCGAUCUAGGUCGACAUGCCAUGCACCGGCUCACAUUUGAACACGACAUCCAUAUCUGCGCUGAGGACGAGAGGAAUGCUCGCGAUUGGCACGCGACUGUCGCUCAAUUUCUUGACAUGAUGUUUCCUCAGGCGAGAGAGUCACCGUGAUGUCCAAGCCGUACACGAACAUCUCGGCGAUUCGAAAAGGGCAG